AGGUAAACGGAGCAUCGGAAUGCGGUACAAAACACAUUUAGCAACAGUGCUAAAAUUUGAAUUAACAUCUAUCAAGGAUGCUGGUACUUGGAAAAAUGAGCGAAUUAUUGCAUCAUCUCAGAGUACCAAUAUUUUAUUGGCUAAUGGAAAGAAAGUUCUUAAUUUUUGUGCAAAUAAUUAUUUAGGAUUAUCAAAUAAUAAAGAAAUUAUUAAAGCAGCUAAGGUAGCUGUAGAUAAAUAUGGUGUUGGCUUGAGUUCGGUUCGUUUCAUUUGUGGUACACAAGAUAUUCAUUUAGAGCUGGAGAAAAAACUAUCAGCAUUUCAUAAUCGAGAGGAUGCAAUACUCUAUGCAUCAUGUUUUGAUGCUAAUGCUGGAAUAUUUGAAACAUUAUUAACUCCAAAUGAUGCAAUUUUUAGCGAUGAGCUUAAUCAUGCUUCCAUUAUUGAUGGAAUACGACUUUGUAAAGCUAAAAAAUUCAGGUAUAAGCACAGAGACAUGAUGGAUUUAGAAUCUAAACUGAAAGAGACUUCAACAGCACGAUUACGUUUGAUUGCUACCGACGGUGUAUUUUCAAUGGAUGGAACUGUUGCACCUUUACCAGACAUAAUUAAUCUUGCCAAGAAGUACAAUGCCUUAACUUUUGUAGAUGAUUGCCAUGCCACUGGAUUCUUUGGUAAAACUGGCAGGGGAACAGAAGAGUUCUUUGAUCAACUUGGUAGUAUUGAUAUAAUCAAUUCUACACUAGGUAAAGCAUUAGGAGGAAUAACUGGUGGCUACACAGUAAGUUCCAAAUUAGUUAUAGAUUUAUUGAGACAGCGAAGUCGGCCAUAUCUUUUUUCUAACUCAUUACCACCACCAAUAGUUGCAUCAGGAAUUCGAGUAAUAGACCUUAUAAGUCAGAGUACUGACUUGAUAACAAAAUUGGAACAUAAUACAGAAUUAUUUAGACAACAAAUGGUUAAUGCUGGUUUUAAAAUUAAUGGCGAUAUGCAUCCUAUUUGUCCUGUUAUACUUGGGGAUGCCAAACUUACAAAUGUAUUUGCAGAUAAAAUGUUAGAAAAAGGCAUAUAUGUUAUUGGAUUUAACUAUCCUGUAGUUCCAAAAGAAAAAGCUAGAAUAAGAGUUCAAAUUAGUGCAGCUCAUUCAAUUGAAGAUAUACAUAGAGCUAUCGAGACAUUUACAGAAAUUGGAAAGGAACUGAAAGUGAUUAAAUAAAUAACUACAAUAUACAUUAUUAGAAUAAAAUAAUUUUAAAUUAUAGUAUGCCUGGGAAGAGAUAUGGUACACUUUUACAAUCUUAAGAAAUUUAUUUUAAGAAAUGAAUGUAUGGUUCAGGUAUCAGAAAUAUUCCCUUUAACAUUUUUAAUCACACU